GUGGCAGGUUCUAAGCGCUGCCGGGCACCGUAGGGCCGCCGUGUGUAUCUUCCAGCAUCUGCGGGCUGGUGGAAGCGCUGCUCACAGUCAGUGUCCGUACGUCUUCGUCCGCCAUUACCCUCCUUAUCCUGCGCCAGGUAGCGGACAGCCGCCUCCCGCCGCGCACCCUCCACUGAGGCCGGGGUCAGAGACUAGGGGCCGCCCGGCCCGCCCCUGCGCGGCCCUUUCCCCUGAGCCCGCGGAGCCCGCCGCCCCGGGCCUCGGGGGAACGAUGCUGGAGUCCAUUCGCGUGACGGGUGAGUGCAGGGAAGGGCUGGCCGCGGCGGGGGUGCGGGGCGGACCGGGGUCCCGCCGCCCGGGGUCCAGGUAAUGGUAGCUACCGGCUGGGCGCGCCGCUCGGGACUCCACCCUGCGUCCCGACCCCUGCGGGGCGCUCAGGAGGCGCUCGCGAAAAGCCUACGAAGGGAAGAGAGAAAUCGGCCCCUUUUCCUUUCGUCACUUAUUAUCAAAAAGCUGCACUGGCCUGAGCAAGAACUUGCUAAGAAGUCUAUUCUAAAUGCAGAAGAUUCAUUCAUCAUUGACAGCAAAAGAAGCAUUUCACAUUUAUCCUCGGGAGUGCUAAAAGACAUUUUCACAACUGGAACCAGUAGUUACAAUGUCCUACUACAGAGCAAGGAGGAAAAAAAGUAUCACUCACAAAAACAGUCUUCCUCCACCUACUCCAAAAGAUGUAGAAAAACCAGCAAAUCUCCUAACACUUCUCGUAGCAAAGAUCCUCGCAGGAUGAAAGCCCUGGUGCCGGUGACAAGCAGUGGUACUUGGUACUGCCUGGAGAGGCGGCCUGCUGUUUUUGUCACUAGUUCAGUGUCGAGUCCUGUAAAGUUUACACAUGAUAUCUCUGUUACAGGGAAUGGCAUAGUACUGCCACCUAAACCCAAAAGCAAGGUCAAGUGGUGCCAUUUCUCCACUCUUCCAAAGACAAAGCCACAGCCUCAGCUGUCUAGAAGCUUUGAAAAGGGAGAUGACUUUUCUGGGAAGAAAUUUUGUAUACUGACUGCUAUAAAACCCACCAACUUAGAGAAAGAAAAACUGAGAUUCUUCAAAUCUGACUAUACCUACAAUCCUCAGUUUGAGUAUGCCAAUCCUGCUCUGCCAAGCGUAUUAGCUAAGCACAGCCACGCAUCUGACCGAUUUCUUAAGCAGAUUGUAGUUCAUCUCACUGAGGACCUGCUUUCCCGAGCAUCAAUGACAGUAGUAAAUGGAUGUCCAACUCUGACUAUCAAUGUGUGCACUGCACGUGAGCAUUGGCUGGAGGGAAUGCUGAGGCAUGAAAUAGGUACACAUUAUUUUCGAGGUAUUAACAACCUCCAGCAGCCAUGGAACAGUUGGACUGGACGUAAAAAACAUGAGCUGAAGCCAAAUAAUCCCACAGAGGAAGGACUAGCAAGCAUUCACAGUGUUCUGUUUAGAAAAGACCCCUUUUUGUGGAGGGCUGCCCUCCUCUACUACACUGUUUAUCGAGCCAGCCAAAUGUCUUUUUGUGAACUCUUCAGAGAUAUUGGCAGGUUUGUCAAGGACCCCAAUACAAGAUGGGAUUAUUGUGUACGGGCCAAGAGGGGAUGGACUGAUACUUCCCAACCAGGGUGUUUUAGUAAAGACCAGGUAUACUUGGAUGGAAUUCUUCAAAUCCUUCGAUACAGAGAUACCAUAGACUUCCAUCUGCUUACUGCCCUCGGGAAGGUUUCUUAUGAAGAUGUGGAUCGCUUAAAAGGAUUGGCAGUUACCGAAAACAUGAGGGUCCCUCACUUCCUGCAGGACCAUGGCCGAUAUAUGGAACACUUAGAGAAGAUCAUGGAAGUGAAUGAACUGACUGACAGGGAACUGAAAGAUCUUAUAUAGUAAUUAGCGUUCUGGCAAACAUAGCUAAGCUAUGCCUCCAUGUGUAUUACCAGUUAGGUGCAGUUAGCACCAGAAGAUUUAUAAAAGAAGAAUGACUACUUGUGUUUUCUAAAGAAGGGUCUUCAGUAUUCAGCGGAAUUUUUAGGUUAAGUACAAAUCUUAAACUAUUUCCCUAAAAUGUUUCUAUAGGCUGCAGGGGGAAGUUACUCCUAUUUUCUGAAUCUCGACAGGGUCAGAUGAAAAUACUACUGCUGAGCAUUUUUGAAGACUCUUGGUCAAAUUGCAUGAUAAAUUUCUGCCUGAGCAGUAAGCACUGGCCUAGUGCUUCUGCCUAAAUAUGGAGGUCAGCUCCAACUGGAGACUGGCUGAAUUCCAUUGCUGUUCAGACUCCAAAGUUAUAUUUUAUUUGAUAAAUAAUGGUAAUUAUUCUCCUUGAAAAAUUAGUUUUGUGUUACUCCAAAAAGCUAGCUAUAUCUAAGCUUCCUUAUUUUUUUUAUAUGUUAGGGAAAUUUAAAGGGAGAGGAAAAGCAAUUUGAAAAUUUUUCAUUAAGUGUUUUAUUUUAACAUUAUUAUUUCACCUUAUCAGCUUAUAGGAACUAAAUUAGAGAAUCACCUCUUUUUGUCCACUUAUCUCUUAACUACAUUUUCAUUUGCUGAAACAUAUUGUACCCUUUUAAAUUUUUUACAGAGUUUUAACGUCUUUUCCACUGCGUCCUUUAUAAAAAUGAUAAGUACAAAUUCCAGAGAGGUUUUCCUACACAAAAAUAACUGGGGAAGGGCUACUCACCUUUUUUAUUAAACAGAACGUGUAACAAGCAGAGGACAAAUAGACUGACCUGGUUAAAUGUAGGCUCUGGAUGUUGACUGGGUAGCACCUACAGUAAACUUGACCAUGCUCUGAAAAAUGAAAUUUCUGGGUGUUGAUGGUUUAUAAAGCCAGCUUUGUGCUAUUCGUUCAGUAUAUUUUAUCAAAUCUUUGACUUCAUCAACCCAGUAAUGACAUAGUUUAAAUUUAAAAAUGAGAGUUCUGUUUUGCUAUAUUUUUCCUGCUAACCUACCUUUGUAUUUUAUCAGCUUCAGUAUAUACUUGGAUAUAUAUACCUGGAUUCAAAUGGUUCUUCAUACAACUUAAUGAUCAGAAAGAAUGCUGCUGUAAACACCCCACUCAAGAUUGCUGCUGUAAUUUCUACCCAAAGCUGUCUGAGAGUUUAUCUUUACCUCAGUACAGGUUAAAAUAAUGGUGCUAAUACUGGUAGAUAUAUACUGUGAAGCCUGGUUCACAUUCAUGCUAGAAAAUGAUUUGGGGAAAUCUUUUGCAGGAAAGGUUACAUGAUUUUUCUCUUUCACAUAUCUAGAAGGACUUGCCUCAAAGAAGAAUGUUGCAGCAAACAGGAUAUACUCUAGCCGGUGCCCAAAGGUUCUUGCAAAACUAUGAAUCUUGCUUUUAGCACUAGAGGGCCAGACACUUUGGAGCAUUGACAGGCCUUAGCCCCUGCUCCCCAACUGCGUGCCAUGCUGGGUAGUGUGUGUCCUGUACAUCUGUGUGCCAGGCUGGGGCAGACUGUGCCAAUGCUCACCAAACACUAGAAUCUGCUCUUAAACCUCUAGCAUGUAUCUCCUUGUAGCAGAGUCAUGCACUUUCUCAGCAUUGUGUAGUGUUUUCUAAUUUCAUCUUAAAACUUACCAAAAGUGAUUGUGAAAACAGUGUCUAGAAGUAUAAACAGAAAUGGCAAUAUUUAUGUCCUGUGAUUGAAGCCCAAAGGUUAUAAAUUCAACUUUCACAGGGAAUAGCACUGCUAAUCUUACUUUAUGGUUUAAAUAUAAAGGAAAAUCACAACAGCCUUAAUUUCCUAUUGGUAGGAUCAUUUGCAGCGGUUCUAGUUCCUGACUUUUAAAAUGGAUGAAUAUUUUCUCUUUGUCUGAUUUGGAAAAGGAACUGCUUUUUUGCCUUACUGCUUUGGUAUAAAGAUGAAAAACAUGAGCACUCUGCAGACAAAAUGACCUUAAAUCACAUUGAUAAAGAUAUUUUAAAAGUUAGCAGUGAACCAAAAGUAGUUUCAGAUUAGCAGAAAUAAAGAGCUUUAAGCUUUAAAAGUUGAGAUUAAAUAUUUAAUGAAAGUUUAUUAAUUCUUUUUCCAAAAAUAGCAGUAAGGUCAGUUUUUUCCCUAAAAUAAAAAGUUUUAAUAAACUGAAAAUUAUAGCAACAGUACUUAGGAGAAUAGUUGAAGAUUGUAUUAAUUUUAAUUACAAUAGUUAUUUGUCAUAGGCUAUUGAUGAUUAGAAUUUCAUUAGUUUUGUCCACUGUAGUUUUAAAAAUAGUUGUAUCAGAUACAAAUACUGAUAAACUGUUAGGUUUUAACACCAGACAGGAUUCAAAGGAAAUUAAUGUUUGCAAACAUAAAUCCAUAGUCUUCAUUUCUUUAUAUUUUCACCUUUGUAAAAGUGUUUAAAGUUUGUAUUGUUUGUUUUGUAUAUCUUUGGGCAUUUUUUGUCUAGCUAUAAUAAAAAGAAAUAGUGCCAAGGUUCUCA